GACUGAGUUUGAUGUCAUCACUGCUGGUGCAGGUCCACCAAAUAAUAGUAAACCAAAACCAACUGUAACAGUGAAAUCUCCGAAUGGUAUGCGUGUACCAUGUACUUUAGCUGAAAGUGUUGAUGGUUAUACACCUUCGUUUACACCGACUGUUGUUGGACCACAUACUGUUGCUGUAGAAGUUGGAGGUGUACCAGUUAAAGGUAGUCCAUUUCGUACAAAUGCUAUUCCACCGGCUACAUUACAAGAACCUAUUUAUCCAAAAGAUUUUGCACGUCAACAAGCUAGUUCAGCACCAAUGUCUGGACCUGAAGCAGCCGGUUUAGUUCGUGCAUAUGGUGAUGGACUUUAUCGUGCAACAGCCGGGAAACAAGCGAAAUUUACCAUUGACAGUCAAGAUGCUCCACCUGCUCCACUAAGUGUUACAAUUGAAGGACCUGCUGAAGCUAAAAUCAAUUACAAUGAUAACGGAGAUGGAACAUGUGGUGUAGAUUAUUUACCAACUGAACCUGGACCAUAUGUUGUCAAUGUUUUAUAUAAAGAUACACAUAUUAAAGGAAGUCCAUUCCCUGUUAGAGUAGCUCCACUUGGUAGAGAACAUAUUGAUAUAUCUCGAGUUCAUGCCUACGGUCCUGGAUUACAACCUACUGGUGUUUUCAAAGAAUCAUUUGCUAAAUUCACAGUUGAUGCUAAAACAGUUGAUCCACAAGGUAGAGGUAUAGUCAAAGCGAUUGUUGUUAGUCCGAAUAAACAAAGAACAGCAUGUUUAAUACAAAACAAUGGUGAUGGAACUUAUAAAUGUAGUUAUUCACCAAUAGAUGAUGGCUUACAUCACGUUGAAGUUACUUAUGAUGGAGCUCCGGUACCUGGUAGUCCAUUCCCAGUUAAUGUUGCUCCUGGAUGUGAUCCAACAAGAGUGAGAGCUUACGGUCCAGGUUUAGAAGGUGGACUUACUCAUGAAAUGCAAAGAUUCACAGUUGACUUAGAUGGUGCAGGUCAAGGUGCUCUUGGAUUAGCUUUAGAAGGUCCUGCUGACGCUCAAAUACAAUGUCAAGAUAAUAAGGAUGGAACAUGUACAGUGGACUACUUACCAACACGGGCAGGAACAUAUGACAUUUUUGUUAAAUUUAAUGACAGGAAUAUUCCAGGUAGUCCAUUUCAAGUUCCAAUACGAGAUGUGGUUGAUCCAACUCGUGUACGUUGUUACGGUCCAGGUUUAGAACCUAGAGGUGCUCGAGCACAACAACCAGCUCAAUUUACUGUUGAUGCUUCACAAGCUGGAGAUGCGCCUAUUCAAGUUGCAACAGUGGAUCGUGUUGGACGUACAACACCAGCCCAUGUUGUUGCACGACCAAAUCAACCAGGCGUGUAUGAUGUCACAUACAUUCCAGACACAGAUGGUCCAUGUCAAAUUGAAGUGAAACAAGCUGGUAAUCAUGUAGCACGAUCACCAUUUAUGCAACAUGUUCUACCAGCUUUUGAACCACAACGUGUUCGUGUCACAGGUGAAGGAGUUCAUCCAACUCGUCCAUUAGGACUACCAGCUACACAACCAACAUCUUUUCAAGUUGAUACAAGAGAUGCAGGUCUUGGAGAUUUAGAAUUAUCAGUAAUGAAUGAUAUCGAACCAGUCACAGCAGGUUUGACUAUUCACAAAACCACCGACAAACAUCAUCCGCCAUUAUCGUAGAAUUUUAAUUUUAGAAAAAAAUAGCAGCAACCACAACAACAACAGAUAAUGUUACCUAUAUAUAUAUAUAUAUUCCAUAUAUUUCGCUGACAUCAUUUACCUUCCUAUAAAUUAUUAGUUGGUUAAAAUUAUUUCCCAAAUUAUCCAAGUAUACUUGUUUUUCUCCGCAAAUAAUUUAGGGAUAUUCGAUAUUGAUGAUGAUGAUGAUUAAUUUAGAAAUCACUGAUAGUUUAAUUGAUUUGCAAUGUCACUGACACUGACACUAAACGCUACCAGUUUAUUCAUAUUACAUCCAAGUAUAUUUGGUACAUUUCUUUUACUUACUUCUUUCUUUCUUGUAUGUGAGUGGUGUAUGUUA